AUGGAUGGAGGCAAUUGGAAGAGCUAUAUCACCGCCGCCGCCAUCGGCGCUGUCGCAUUGCCAGCUGCUGGUUUGGCUGCAGGAGCAUUGGUUCCUGCUGCCAUGGCGUACUUUGGAACGGUUGUUGCAGGUGUCGGAACCAUGCACGCCGCGGGUGGAGUGGCGGCAACACUGCAAUACGCUGUUGUAACCCUGGUAUCCACAACGGCCGCUACAGCAGGUGCUGUGACUGGACUCAUUGGUGCGGCUGCCGCUGAAACUAUCCAACAUGCCCUGCGCACCUGCUCCCACGUCAGGCCGCUCUGGGACAUCGUGUCCGCUCCUUGGCUACAAUUUGGCCUGAGUUUCGAAUGGACCUACAUUCUGGAUAUAACCAAACUACAACCUGCCCAAGACUGGUCCCAUGUGGCCACCGAGCUCAUUCUCAUUGCACUGUGGACGAUGCUCGCCGGUGGCGUGCUGAGACGCCUGUGGAUCUACCGCAACACAGUGAAGUACGAAAGCGCAAACAACCUCCAUACACCGUCCGUGCUGGAAAUUGUUCUGCUCAACUGGUCGGCCCAAGUACGUCGUCACAUUCAGCUACCGUCGACACUCGACGACGAACGAAACCACUUCCAAGCCAUCUUGAACCGCCUUGGUCAAGACCCCAGCUACCGCGGUUUCUGGACAAAAUAUCCGCUCCACUUAUCGUUCAAUCCUUUGACCAGGCGCUUACCGCUCAAGUGA